AUGACUUUUGCGAAACUCUUGGAUCUCGUUGGCGGUUGGGGUCGUUUCCAGGUCAUCAAUGUGGGCUUACUGGUCUUCCCAAUCCUAUUCAUGGCAAGCCAUAACCUCUUACAGAAUUUCACCGCUGCUGUUCCUGGCCACUGGUGCCAUGUGGCCGUCAGUGCGUGUCAGGGGAACACCACACAAGGACGGGACUGCAAGGAUUUCCUCCGAGCUUCCAUCCCAACAGACAGCAACCAGAUGCCACAAAAGUGUCGUCGCUUCGUCACCACUCAGUGGCACCUCCUGAAUCGUAGCGAUACGUUGCGAGACGAAAUUGAGGCACAGACAGAACCUUGUCUUGAUGGAUGGACCUAUGACGGGCACGUCUUUACUUCCACCAUCGUAACCGAGUGGGACCUGGUGUGCAGUUUCCGUACGCUGAAGGAGAUGGCUCAGUCGGUUUUCAUGGCUGGGGUAUUGGUAGGAGCAAUCGUGUUCGGUGGUCUCUCGGACAAGUUUGGCAGAAAGGCCUUGCUGAUCUGGUCUUGCCUUCAAGUGGCCGUCUCGGGUUCCUGCGCUGCUUUUGCGCCCAGCUUCACAGCUUACUGCAUCUUUCGCUUCCUGACAGGGAUGGCGCUCUCAGGCGUUAGUCUGAACUGCGUGUCGUUGUCCGUGGAAUGGACCCCCAUGCAAUAUCGAGCAACGGUCAGCAUGGUCACUGGUUACAGCUACAGUGCUGGACAGUUCAUCUUAGCUGGUGCAGCCUACACCAUCCGUGACUGGCGUUGGCUCCAGUUGGCAGUAUCCUUCCCUUAUUUAGCCUUCUUCCUUUAUGGCUGGUGGUUUACAGAGUCUGCCCGGUGGUAUGCCACAGCUGGAAAACUGGAUAAGGCACUCAAAGAGCUGCAGAAAGUGGCACGCAUAAAUGGACUGAGGGAUAAAGGGGCGGAGCUUAGCCUAGAGGACUUGAAAGCCAACCUACAAAAAGAAGUGACCUCUGCCCAUUCCACUUUCACUGCAGCUGACCUCGUGAGGACCUCAGUUGUGCGGAGGGUGACUUUCUGCCUUUGCUUUGUAUGGUUUUCCACUAGCUUCGCUUACUAUGGAUUGGCCAUGGACCUGCAGAACUUUGGGGUCAGCGUUUUCCUCAUCCAGGUUAUCUUUGGCGCUGUGGAUAUCCCGGCAAAGCUCGUCGCCUUCUUUUCGAUUAGCUAUUUUGGCCGCCGCGUCACCCAAGCGCUGAGUCUGAUCCUAGCUGGGCUCUCUAUUGCUGCGAACAUCUUUGUGCCAGAAGAUAUGCAAAUUGUUCGGACUGGCUUUGCUGUUUUUGGGAAAGGUUGCCUUGGGGCCUCCUUCAACUGUGUCUUCUUAUACACUGGAGAACUGUAUCCCACAGUAAUCAGGCAGACAGGGAUGGGCUUUGGCAGCACCAUGGCACGGGUUGGCGGCAUUGCGGCCCCCCUGGUGAGGAUGGCCGGCGAAUAUUUCCCCUCCCUUCCCCUGGUCAUCUAUGGGACCGCCCCCAUCAUCUCUGGCAUCGCUGCCUGCUUCCUUCCAGAAACCCUAAACAGGCCUCUACCUGAUACCAUCGGCGACGUGGAGGGAGAGCACUGGGAAGAGCAGAAGGGAAGUGAAAGCUGCCGAGAUAAAGGAUCCCAUCAAGACCGAAUUCUCCUGGAGUGAGAAUAUCCAAGGAGAUUCCACUCAGAAACCCAGAAAGAAAGAGAGACAUCCCUUGAUGCAGUUGUCGAAGCUCAAAGCUCGCCUUUCCCCCGAGGAAGCCUGGAAUGACCCAUCGGACCGAAACGAGAAAUAAAUAAAGCAGCGGCUUCUUAAAACAUAUGGGAACGGUGGCAUUGUCUGUCUAUAAAACUUAAGACACACUGACCGACGUUGCUACAGGUUCAAAACAACUAUCAACGUAUGCUUUAGAAUUAAUGGCCUUGGCAGACACAGAUGCUUAAAUAAUGCCCCACAAGUUCCCAAGAACAUGAGCCAGCUGCAUUCGGAACCGAACCGAUACAGGGUAAUCUGUAUCAUUCCGAAGGACAUAGGAAUAUAGGAAGCUGCCACAUACUGAGUCAGACCACCAGUCUAUCUAGCUCAGUAUUGUCUACACAGACUGGCAGCGGCUUCUCUAAGGUUGCAGGCAAGAGUCUCUCUCAACCCUAUCUUGGAGAUGCUGCCAGGGAAGGAACUGGGAACCUAGAUGCUCAUCCCAGAGUGGCUCCAUCCCUUAAGGGGAAUAUCUUACAGUGCUCACACAUUUAGUCUCCCAUUCAAAUGCAACCAGGGAGGACCCUGCUUAGCUAAGGGGACAAGCCAGGCUUGCUACCACCAGACCAGCUCUCCUCUCUCAUUCUCAUGCUGAUUUUUGACAGUGAGGCUCUCCACACGAGCAGUGUGGAUAGCCUGCAGGGUGAGCGGGCUUGACCUGUUCUCCCUGCAUACGAGCAUUCCACCCUUCCUGGGUGGCCGGAACGGCUGCCCACACGAUUACCAGCUCUGCCCCGGACGUUCCCCUCGCACACUUGCGUGGGGCAUUCCGGAGAGACCCCUGGGGGCUGGGAGGCAUGUUUUAGCCUCCCGGAGGGGGUCUCAUUGUGUGUUGCCACAGCACAGAGCUGCACCGUGUCAGCACACGAUCAACCAAAUGGGGUUAGCAGAGCACACGGUCCGCUAACCUUGUUUAAAGGGGGGGGGUACUUUUGGCAGUUUGCUACCAGAAGCCGCGCAGUUCCCACGGCAGCAGGCGACCCGGAGAAAUCGGGCUAGGCUCCCUUCGCCCGAUUUCUCCUGAUCGUGGGAAUAGCUUCGAUGAGUGGUAUUUGCAAUGUGCGCCACUGAGGAAGGCAUAUAUCACCUUCCACUUUCAAGCCAUGCCUUUAGCCUAUCUUGAAGGUAGAUUUUGCAAACUCCUGCUGGUGGAGCAGUGUCUUUGCCUUUGUGGUUCAAGGCAAGUGGAGGACAUGAUCCGUUAUGUCCGACACUGCCCCCUUUUUUUGAUGAGACCGAGGAAAAAACAUUGAGGCAGAUUAGUGAUACAUUUACGGGCUCAAAUGUGGCACGUUUAAACUUCCUACUUGCGGAUGCGAUUCCAUGGGGCUAUUCUCACGAUCAGCCAAAAUCGAGCUAGGAGAGCCUAGCCUGAUUUUGGCUGAUCAUGUAAACCACUGGGCUCGCAGGCGAGCCCCAUGGCUUACAAGCGGCUAGCCCACUUUUUUAGCCCUCCUCUUAGCCCGGGUUUUCCUCAAAGCUACUGCCCGCCUCCUGCCAAAAUGUUUCGGCUGCAGCAACUCGAAUCGUUCCGGCGCCUAGAAUUAGAGGCGCCCGAAACAAUUUGUGCACAUGCCUACUUCAUUGUCUUUAAACUUAGAAAGAGAUCUAUAUCUAUUAAGCCUUUCUCUAAAUUGUAGAGGUCUCGUCUUAUUAUAUAUGCUUUAUUUAUUAAUGUCACUGCAGUUAGGGUUUCCCCCCCGGCUAUUACUUUUAAUUACAUUUUAUUAAGAUGUCUUUUUUCUCUCCCUGUUAUGUUACACUUAUGUUAUACAGGUUGAGUAUCCCUAAUCCAGACAUCCGAAAUCCGGAAUGUUCCAAAAUCCGGAAACCACCACGGCGUGCCAAAUGCAACAUUAUUGCCUGGAAAAUUUUCUCGCAAUUAGUUUUCAUUACAUUUACAGCUACCAGUAGUGAUCGUAAAUUCAAUGCUUAUUUGUUUUCAUACUUUAAAUAAAAGCUAAAAAUAAAUAAAUACAGUGUACAGUAUCCUUUUGUGUUUAGAAAUCUCAUGCCCAAGAUACCUCAUUACGGUAUGCAAAUAUUCCAAAAUCCGGAAAAGUCUGAAAUCCGAAACCCUUCUGGUCCCAAGCAGUUCAGAUAAGGGAUACUCAACCGGUAUUUCAUGUUUUUUGCUCUGUUAUAAUGUUAUGUUGGGGGGAGGGGGUUGGCUAUUAUUUUUAAUUGUAUUUUAUUAAGAUGUCUUUUUCUCUCCCUGUUAUGUUGUAUUUCAUAUUUUUUGCUCUGUUUUAAUGUUAUGUUUUAUGUUACGUUACGUUAUGUUAUGUUAUGUUAUGUUAUGUUAUGUUAUGUUAUGUUAUGUUAUGUUAUGUUAUGUUACGACAAUAAAUUUACUUACAUACUGCA